AUGGAAUCUGAUCAGCAGAGGACAUUUUGCAAAGUAUUUAAAAAUGCCAUGUUUCCUAAUGGUUAUGCAUCUGAUAUACGCCGUAAUGUGCAUGUUAAGGAGAAAAAGAUAACUAGGCUAAAGAGCCAUGACAACCAUGUCCUUUUGCAAGACUUGCUGCCACUUGCAGUGAGAAGAACAUUACCAGAAAGAGUUAUUCGCAUAAGUGACAUGCAAAGGUUGCAGGAUGAAAUAGCUGAGACCUUGAGCCUUCUUGAGGACAUAUUCCUCCCAUCAUUUUUUGAUAUUAUGGUGCAUUUGAUGGUUCAUCUUCCAGCACAAGCAAUGAUAGCUGGUCCAGUACAUUUUCGCAGCAUGUGGGCUGUAGAGAGGUAUAUAGGAAAGCUCAAGGGACAUGUCCACACCAGAAGUCAUGUGGAAGGAUCAAUUGCAGAGGGCUAUUUGUUUGAUGAGAGCUUGACAUUUUGCUCACACUAUUUGGAUGAUGAGAGUCAGUUGAAUCGAGCUAGGAAUGAUGGAGGUUUGGAUAUGGAAGUUGAUGAUACAACUCCUUUCUUCCACAACAUUGGUCGAGGGCUGGCUGGCAAGUGCAUGGUGAUGUUAGAUAACAAAACUUGGCUGCAAGCCCACAGAUACGUCUUGUUCAAUUAUGACAACAUAGAACCAUACCUAGACAAACAUAUGGAUUACCUUUCUUCUAUUGGUGUUCGAAGUCAUCGAGAAGUCAAGUGUGUGCAUUACGAGACCUUUCAUGAGUGGUUUAAAUUGCACGUGGCAGAAAUGGGCGAUGAAGCACCUCAUGAGAUAAAAAUAUUAGCUAAAGAGCCAAACUUGGUUGCUAUGAAGUAUAGUAGCUACACUAUAAAUGGGACAGACUUUCAUACACAAUCAUAUGAUGAGGGCCGGUCAUUCCAUGGUAGUGGAGUAGCUCUUGUUGCACAAACCACAUCCUUUGCAAAAGGAAAAGGUGACAAUAUUAGUGUAAGAAACAAGACCUAUUAUGGCAUUAUAAAGGAAAUUCUUGAGUUGAAUUAUCAACAUGAAGGGAAAGUAGUGUUGUUCAAAUGUGACUGGGUUGAUAAUCGUGUAGAAGAUGAAUGGGUGCAAACUGAUCAGUUUGGAAUCACUUCUGUGAAUUUCAAGCAUUUUUUCAAUACCGGUGAGAAUAUAUCAGACGAGCCCUUCAUAUUAGCCACACAAGCAACUCAAGUUUACUAUGUUGAAGAUCCCAUUGAUGCUGAGUGGUCUACUGUUGUUGUUCCAUCAUUAUAUGACAUAGAAGAAUCUAAAGAUGACAAUGGAGGAAAAAUGGCAAGCGCAAACGGAAGAGCUAAAGAUGGUGGGGUCACGGAGGAACAACUGAAAGCGGUAGAGUAUGAACUACCGAGAAGCAAGACCAUUGAAGAGAAUGAUAAACGGCUAGCAGCGGUACGAGCAACAAGAGCUUCUAUGCAGGAAGAUAUGGAAGCGAACCAAGCCCCCAAAAAGAAAAGAAAGGCACCCUCCAGCGCACCUAUAAGCGCGAAUGAAGGACGUGUUUUGAGGUCUAGGGUAUCAAAAGAUCAAGAUCAUGUAGAUCCUGAGCAUCAGCCUUCCAAAGAGAUUACUUGUGAGCUUGAUGAUGAAGGUAGUCAAAAGAAAGGUGGAAGAAAAAUUACUCGAAAGGCUAACAUAUAUGCAAGGCUGAAUCAACCCAAAAUCCAUAUUCCACUUAAUGGGAAUGGCCAGCCUGUUGGGCCAGAUGCAACUGAAUUUGCCAAUUUCAUUGGUACUUUGGUGAGGAAGCAUAUAUCACCUGCAGAGUUAGAUUGGCGAGAUGUUGAUGUAGACAAAAAAUUGUUAGUGUGGGAGACCUUGAAGGUAUAA